CUGUCGGAUCAGCAGCGGUGUGUUUGGCGCGUGCGUGCGUGUGUUUAGUUUAGCCUGGUGUUAUAUCUUGUCAUGGCGGCGAACAGCAACAGUUUCAUCCGCGUGCGCCUCUUCUUUGACUACCCGCCGCCCGCCAUUGCUGACUGCCGCAUGUGCUGGCUGCUCGUGGACCUGAACGCGUGUCGCGUGGUUUCGGACCUGGAGAGUUUGAUCAGAGAGAAGUUCGAGUUCAGCUCCAGGAGCAUCCUGAACCUCUUCGUAGACGACUGUUACCUGCCUCACACCGAGAGCGUCUUUGUGGUGCGGGACAACGACAGUGUCAGGGUGAAGGUGGACUCUCUGGCCCAGGUGAACGGCCACAGCAGCUCUCCAGACCCGUCAAGUAAAAACUGCAGAAAGAGACACAGACCUGCAGAGGAUGAUGGAGUGAGUGUGGAAUGGAAGGAAAAAAAGAGGAAAAAGAAGAGGGAGGAGAGUCUGGAGAGGGAGGCGAAGCAGGUUUCAGGUGGUAAGAAGAGUAAGAAGUCAAAAGAUAAGCAUGCAGAGAAGAAAAAGAAGAAGAAGGAGAAGACAGAGGACAACAUCCCUGUCACCCCCAAAUCAACUGCAGCUGCCAAAAAACCUCCAUCUACUGUGGAACAGCCAGUAAAGAGCAUCAAGAAGCUCCCAGCAGUACAAGGAAAAACACAGAGCAAAAAGCAAAUUGUCUCCUCUUCAGAUUCCAGUAGCAGCAGCAGUGAAGAACACGAAGCUCCUAAAAAGACCCCUGCCUUAAAACCAGCAGCUAAAACACCCUCGUCCACCCCUGCUGCAUCCAAGACGCCUGUAGCCGCCUCCAAGACGCCUGUAGCCGCCUCCAAGACGCCUGUAGCCGCCUCCAAGACGCCUGUAGCCGCCGCCUCCAAGACGCCUGUAGCCACCUCCAAGACGCCUGUAGCCACCAAACCCACCCAGAAGAAAUCCCAGCCAACCCCAUCGUCCUCUUCAGAAACAGAUUCCUCCUCUGACGAGGCUGCCGGCGCUAAAGUCCCACCAAAACACAAACCUUGGAACUCCACAUCUCAAACCUCAAAACCUCAGCAGGCUCCUUCUCUUCCCCCGUCCUCAGACUGUGCUCAGAAAAAGGCAGCGCCUGAAGCCACGCCUCCUCCUGAUGGCAAAGAUGUGGAGACUCCCAAGUCUGACGAGGAGGAGGAGGAGGAGAUUCAGCUGGUUAUAAGACAACCAUUGCAGCAGCCGUGGCGUGGCAUGGGUGUUCGACCACCUUGGAGUGGCGGCAGCUGUGGGAGAACAGGGAGUGGCGGUCUUGGAGGAAGGGGGCGGGGUGAAGGUCGAGGGCUCAGCAGAGGUCACGCUGCUGACAGCUUUGAGUCCAGCUAUAAUGGAGCCAAGGAGCCAAGUUACCAGACUGAUUUACUGAGCAACAAGUCAGUCAUCCUCCAGAACGGAGCAGAAGUUGCCCCCAAGAAGGACUACAGCUCUAUGCCACUGCUAGCUGCUCCUCCACAAGUGGGGCAGAAGAUCGCCUUCAAGCUGCUGGAGCUGACGGAGAACUAUACACCAGAGGUGUCAGAAUACAAGGAGGGAAGGAUCGUAAGCUUUGACCCAACAACCAAACAAAUUGAGCUGGAAAUACUUACUGUCACUCAAGCUCCUGUAGAGCCUGGGAAGUUUGACCUGGUCUAUCAGAACGCAGACGGCUCAGAGAGCGUAGAGUACGCUGUUCCCCGAGGUGCUUGGGUGACCGAAAGGUGGGACUCCCUGCUGGAACCAAGGCUGCUCAUGUAAACAUGGACAAAUGUGUACAUUCACUUAGUUUGGCAGGAUGGAUUUUCCUUCUCUUUUUUAUUGGAGAGGUUAUUUCAGGAGGUUUUAUGUGCUUUUAAUUAAGUCAUCACUUUGCACAGAGAUAAUGGAACAUUAUAGAAUGUCUCCUUCACUGGAACGUAAUGUUUUUAUUUUGUGUACAAUACUGUGCCUGUGGAUAUCUUGUAUAAACAUUUUUUCUAAUAAAAACAAAACUUGCAUUUGA